AUAAUAAAAAACUCUAAUAGGUAUGGCUGAUACUGUGACACGGUCUUUCCUCAAUACCCUAAGUUCUCCGAGCUUCUACAAAAGAUCUCUGCUCAUUUAACGGAUGAUUAUUCGAGCAAACCUGUUAAAACGAGCUAUGAAAAUUCGAUGUCGGUCCUGAACCGAGAACGGAGGAACUUCCUCAAAUCCAGACUAGUACAGAACGUCUGCGAAGAAUACUCUACCGGUAGUGAAGAUAACCACAAAAUAGUUCGUGAAAGCAUGGCAGCUGCCAAACUGAAGACUAUGAUAAACAUUAACCACUGUGGACAGCGAGUCCAGCUGGGGAACAUCAAUGAGAAGGACCUGGACGUGUACUGUAAACCGGAGGAAGUUACGGUGAUUUUGAGACCGGUUAUCGAGGAGCAGGUUGCGAGCUACAAACAAACUAUCGAUGAUUUCUGUGGGGCAACCGAACAAAGAUCACCGAGUUCUAUAAUCCAGAACAACUGUUACUUACAAUCCAGGAUUGCGAAUAACCUGCGUGAGAUAGAGGCGAAUCAGCUGUCGUAUGUACAGAAUGCAGGGAAAGCGCUCCGACUGUAUGACAAGGUGGCGAAACAGCGGACAACACCUGAGCAGAAGGAGAAACAUCUGGAGCGGGUAACCAGUUUAUCAGCAGCAGCCACUAAACUAAACCUUAUGGUGGCUAACCUCGAGGCUAAUAUCUUAUCAGAUACUUAUACCGCUGAAAAUGUAAGUGCAUUGAAAGUGAUACACGCGGAGAUAGAAGCAAAGCAGCGCACUCUGGAAAAGGAGCGCAGUCACGCUCAGCACAUGUUGGACGCGUACCUAGCACUCGGUGACGAGUUCACUUCACUCGUGGAAUUGUAUAGUGAUCUCAGGAACUCUUUGGAGACGUAUCAGUGGGCUCUGAGUAUGAAGGAGUAAUGGGAAUAGUUCAGUAUAGUUAGUGUAUAGUAGACUUGAAUUGUUUGUAGUCGUUUGUAAAUAGAUUUAGUUUUACCAAGUUUUAAGUAGCCGGAACCUUAAAUCGAGCACGAC